AUGGUUUCUUCCAAACGUCAUUUCUCACGCGAAGAAGAGGAAGGAUCAAAUCACCAGAAGAAAGUAAAACAAGUUGCGUUGGAACCGCUUCCUUCAUCGCAAGUGCUUCUCAAUUCCGCUGAUUGUGACUUAGAUUUCAACAUUGAAUGCAAUGGACUUGUUGGAUAUGGCCUUCAUAAGGAAGGGUUUGGUUACUGUUGGUCUGGUGCUAAAGCUAGUGUUGGAAUAACAAAGGGUAGAUAUUGUUAUGGCUGUGUUAUUCUUUCUGCUCAGCCUGUUGAUACGGAUGACACUCCUCCUGACCAGCGGCACCUUUGUCGACUUGGUGUUUCUAGAGGUGAUGAUGCUGUUGGAGCUCUUGGUGAGACCAAACACAGCUAUGGUUACGGAGGCACCGGCAAGUUUUCUAAUGCCGGAAAGUUUUUAAAUUAUGGUGAUAGGUUUGGUGUUGGUGAUACAAUUGUUUGUUGUGUUGAUCUUGAGAGUAAACCAAUGGCUUCUAUUGGUUUCUCUAAGAACGGUAAAUGGUUGGGUACUGCAAUACAAUUUGAUGUCAGUUCUCUUGGUCUUGGAGCAGAUUCUUCUCUUUCAAAGGUUUCGCCUUGGGAAUGGACACUUUUUCCACAUGUUCUGUUGAAAAAUGUUGUGGUUCAGAUGCAGUUCAGUGUUGAACAAGGACUUGUUCCUCAACAAGGGUUCAGACCUUGGGCCUUGGCAUUUGCAGAUGGAAAUGCGGUUAUGGGACCUUCGUUUUCUGACCCAAAGGAUUGUGAAUUGAUGAUGCUAGUGGGAUUACCGGCUUCAGGCAAGACUACAUGGGCGGAAAAAUGGGUGAAAGAACACCCGGAGAAGCGUUAUGUUUUGCUUGGUACAAACUUAAUUCUUGAACAAAUGAAGGUUCCUGGACUGUUGCGGAAAAACAACUACGGUGAAAGGUUUGAUCGUUUGAUGGACAAGGCAAGUUCAAUGUUCAAUGUAAUUCUGUCCAGGGCGGCUAACAUACCUCACAAUUAUAUAAUCGAUCAGACUAAUGUGUACAAAAAUGCACGCAAGCGUAAGCUUACGCCUUUUGUUGACUAUCAAAAGAUUGCUGUUGUCGUAUUCCCAAACCCAGAAGAGCUCAAGAGACGAUCUGAAAAAAGAUUUAUAGAAAUGGGCAAAGAAGUUCCAAUUGAGGCUCUGAAUAACAUGAUUGCUAAUUAUGUUCUACCUAAAAGCAAGGAUUUGCCGAAUUCCGAUGAAUAUUUUGAUCAGGUUUUGUUUGUUGAACUGAACCGAGACGCGUCUCAGAAGUAUUUGGAUCAGAUGAAGCAAGAUACUCCAUCUCUAUCUAAUAACAACCCGUCAACAUUAUCACGCAGAGGUUCUCAGUCUUCUUUCGGGCCUGCAUUACAAAAUCAAGGAAGUUCGACAGGAAGUGGUAUUCACCUGCGGAGAGCUCAUUGUCCCAUCUCUCAAACCGACUAUAGGAUGUCUAGUCAAGUUAGUCAGAUAAACCUAUUUUACAACUUUCUAUAUACUUGCAAACUUUUCACUGUUGUUAAAUAG